CGGCGGCGGCGAGGAAGCGAAGAAGAAGGAGAAGAGAAAGGUGGGAGGAAGGAGAAGGGAGGCGGCAGCAGCUGUGAGGCUGCGAGCCACGGCUGAAGCCUAAACCUCUGACAUGGCCACAGCCUCACCAAGAUCUGAUGCAAGUCACAACCGUAAUGGAAGAUUACAGAUGAAAGUAACAGUUUCUAGUGCCAAACUGAAACGGAAAAAGAAUUGGUUUGGAACAACUUUCUACACGGAAUUAACUGCAGAUGGAGAAAUUAAGAAAACAGCAAAAUCAAGUAGUUCUUCAAAUCCCAAAUGGGAUGAGCAGCUGACAGUGAAUGUGACUCCACAGACUACGCUGGAAUUUAGAGUGUGGAGCCAUCACACUUUAAAAGCAGAUGCUCUGUUAGGAAGAGCCACUGUAGACUUGAGACAAGCUUUGGAAGUACACAAUAGAAAAUUGGAGAAGGUGAAAGAACAGUUGAAACUCUCUUUGGAAAACAAGAGUGGCAUGGUGCAAACAGGUGAACUGACAGUUGUGCUAGAUGGUUUGGUGGUUGAACAAGAAUCUCUUACAAAUCUCAGUUCAUCAGCAACCAUAGAAGUUCAGCAAAAUGGCGAGGCUGUACAUGAAAGCAGAGAUGCUUCAGCAAGAAGUUCAUCCAGAUCUGCUUGUGACAUUUCUAAUGGGAUAGACAAUCAAGUACCUUCCAGCUCUGUAGUAGAGAACACGUUCUGUGUAGAAGCUGUUAAUGGAGACAGCACACCAUCUCCUAAUCAUGUUGCAGCCAGACCCAAAAAUACACCAGUACCAAAACCACUCGAAGCUCAGCCUGUCAACAGCACUGUUAAUGGUGAGUCAUCUGCCUCUGCACCUGAAGCUGGCAAUUCCUCUGUCUCCGAGGCUCCCACGGGUUCAGUUGAAGCUCCUGUAUCUUCAGCAGAUUGCACUAAUGAUACAGCAGAACCUCAGUCAGCAACAGAAGCAACUAGUUGUUCAGAAAGCCACACUUCUGCAUCACCUGUUGUGUCUGCUGAACUAGAACCUGCAGCUGCAACAGACUGUGCUCAGCCUAGUGCUCGAAACAGCACAGCAGCAGAUGCAGCAAAGCCAAGGGAAUCCUCCUCCACACCAAGUGCAUCUGCAGAACCUGUAAGACAGCAGCCUGCUACUGUCAGCACAGAACCUUUGCCACCAGGGUGGGAGCAAAGAAAGGAUCCUCAUGGUAGAACCUAUUAUGUUGAUCACAACACACGAACUACAACAUGGGAAAGACCACAGCCCUUACCCCCUGGCUGGGAAAGAAGAGUUGAUGAUCGUGGGAGAGUUUACUAUGUGGACCACAACACCAGAACCACAACGUGGCAGCGGCCAACGAUGGAGUCAGUGAGGAACUUUGAGCAAUGGCAAUCUCAACGGAAUCAGCUGCAGGGAGCUAUGCAACAAUUCAACCAGCGAUACCUCUAUUCGGCUUCGAUGUUGUCAGCAGAAAAUGAUCCACUUGGGCCUUUACCACCAGGUUGGGAAAGAAGAGUAGAUUCAAACGAUAGGGUGUAUUUUGUAAAUCAUAACACAAAGACAACGCAGUGGGAAGACCCUCGAACUCAAGGUUUACAGAAUGAGGACCCUCUUCCAGAGGGCUGGGAAAUCAGGUAUACCAGAGAAGGUGUCAGAUACUUUGUUGAUCAUAAUACAAGAACCACCACCUUCAAUGAUCCUCGUACUGGGAAAUCUUCUGUAAACAAAGGGCCACAGAUUGCUUAUGAGCGUAGCUUUAGGUGGAAGCUUGCUCAUUUCCGUUACUUGUGUCAGUCCAAUGCACUGCCAAGUCAUGUGAAAAUCAAUGUAUCCAGACAGACUUUGUUUGAGGAUUCCUUCCAGCAAAUUAUGGCAUUAAAACCCUAUGAUUUGAGGAGAAGAUUAUAUGUUAUUUUUAGAGGAGAAGAAGGAUUGGAUUAUGGUGGCUUGGCAAGAGAAUGGUUUUUCUUGCUUUCCCAUGAAGUACUGAACCCUAUGUACUGCCUAUUUGAAUAUGCUGGCAAGAGCAACUAUUGCCUGCAGAUAAAUCCAGCAUCAACAAUCAAUCCUGACCAUCUUUCAUAUUUCUGUUUCAUUGGGCGCUUUAUUGCCAUGGCAUUGUUUCAUGGGAAAUUUAUUGACACUGGUUUUUCUCUGCCUUUCUACAAACGAAUGCUGAGCAAAAAGCUUACUAUUAAAGACCUGGAAUCUAUUGAUACUGAAUUUUACAACUCACUUAUUUGGAUAAGGGAUAAUAACAUUGAGGAGUGCAACUUGGAAAUGUACUUCUGUGUGGAUAUGGAGCUCUUAGGAAAAGUAACCUCACAUGAACUGAAAUCAGGAGGUUCAAAUAUCUUGGUAACUGAGGAGAACAAAGAAGAAUAUAUUGGGCUAAUGGCAGAGUGGCGAUUUUCUCGGGGAGUUAGAGAACAAACCAAAGCUUUUCUUGAUGGUUUUAAUGAAGUAGUUCCUCUACAAUGGCUACAUUAUUUUGAUGAAAAGGAACUGGAGGUUAUGCUCUGUGGUAUGCAAGAAGUUGAUUUAGCAGACUGGCAGAGGAACACUGUUUAUCGUCAUUACACAAGGAAUAGCAAGCAGAUCAUAUGGUUCUGGCAGUUUGUAAAAGAAACAGACAACGAGGUUCGCAUGCGACUUCUGCAGUUUGUCACUGGCACUUGCAGAUUACCACUGGGUGGAUUUGCUGAACUUAUGGGAAGUAAUGGUCCUCAGAAAUUCUGCAUUGAAAAAGUUGGUAAGGAAACCUGGUUACCAAGAAGUCACACUUGUUUUAAUCGUUUGGAUUUGCCACCAUAUAAAAGCUAUGAACAACUAAAAGAGAAGUUGCUCUUUGCCAUUGAAGAAACGGAGGGAUUUGGACAAGAGUAGAAGUGGUUUCCAGUCAAAAAGGAUAUCUUGCAUAAUAAAAGGCCCAGCCAACUGAAAUUGCACACUUAAUUGUAUAUAAGCUUUUUGUUCUGUACAGUGAUCUUUCUGGAACUCUAAAAGUUUAAUUGUUCUCCGUUCUUCCACAAAUAUAUGCAAAACAGUUCAGCCUUUUCUACUUUUAUUUAUUGCCCUUUCAAAAGACCAGAAAAACCCCUCCAUAAAUUUUGAAAGCAGACAAGAGACUUAUUUAAAAAA